AUGGACGAGAAGAAUAAGACGGUAUUCGACCCUCCGAUAAAGCCGCGGUAUUUGCCAGGCGAAGUGAAACCAAACGCUCUGAUCAAAGAUUUCAAGAGCUACAAGAAGCACCGGUUGAAGGUGGCCAACGCGAAAGCCAAGGUGGACAAUAAAGCGCCGAAAUUCGAUCUGGACGUCUAUUACAACAAGGAGAAGCUGAUGGUCGACAUCGAGGUGAUAAAGCGCAACUACAAGGAGGUCUUCGAGGUCACGAAGAAACUCAACAAAAUAGCCGUGAAAGGAGGCAAAGUCGACUGCUGGAACUUCGAGUACAUAGAUCGGGGCGAUUUGCGGCCGUAUCAAAAGUCGAUCGCCAAGCAGAUCGAGGUCAACAACAAGCGUCUGUACAACAAUCUCGAGGCGUUGAAGGAGAAGAAAAGCGAGUUCCAUCCCCGUGUGAUGUACAAGCGCUGGAAGCCUUUGAAAGAAGCCAUCAUCGACAAACAGAGAUUUCCCUGGCCGAAGAACAUACCUCGAUACCCGUCGAUCAGCCACUUGGCGGCCGGAGCAGCAGCAGCAGCAGCAGCAGCGAGGAGAGGAGCCGAGGGAGAUUCGGAGCCCCGGCCCCGCUGCUUCUUCGAUCUGGAACUGGAGCACGGCAACGUCCCGCUCGGCCGAGUCGUGUUCGAGCUGUACGCCGAUUACGCGCCCCUGGCCUGCGCCAGCUUCAUCGCCUUCUGCCAGGGCAGCCAUCGAGGCCUGUCCUAUCGGGGCAGUCCCUUUCACCGAAUAGUCUCGGAUUACUGGUGCCAGGGCGGCGACGUGACCAAGUUCAGCGGCGUCGGCUGGGCCUCGAUUUAUCCGAACGACCGGAUCUUCGAGCCGAAGGAGCUGAGCUCGGGCCUGCGCCACACUCGUCCGGGUGUUCUGUCGACCAGUGCCGCCGAUGGCUUCGAUUCGAGAUUCAAUUUGACGUUCCGGCCGUUGAAGACCGUCGACGACAGGUGCCUCGUAUUCGGCAAAGUCGUCAAAGGCAUGCACAGCGUCUACAAGAUCAGUUCUUACGGCUCGAAAUUCGGUAAACCGACGAGGAGAGUCAUCGUAUCGAAUUGCGGCCUUCUGCCGGCCCUGAAGAAGAAGAAAAAGUCGAUCGAGAAAACGAGCCAAGUGGCGUCGAGUAGGCAAAAUCACACGCCCAAAUCGGCUUGAUUUAGCCCGCGAGUCUGU